AUGAAAGUUCUCGUACUUGUCGCAUUAUUCGCUGUUGUAGCUAUUGCAGCUGCUCAACCUCCACGUGGUCCACCACCACACCACCACGGAAGACAUCCAGGACACGAUGAGGGACGUCGUCCACCACAUCAUGGACAUAAGCCCGGACAAGGUCAACAACCGGGACAAGGACAACAACCCGGACACGGUCAACAACCAGGACAGGGACAACAACCCGGACAGGGGCAGCAACCUGGACAGGGACAACAACCCGGACAAGGUCAACAACCUGGACAAGGUCAACAACCCGGACAGGGACAACAACCAUCCGAACAGGGACAACAGCCAUCAGGAGGUUCACAACAAGGAAGCCAACAACAACCAGAAGCUCCCAAAGAAUAA